AAUUAUUUAUUAUAUUAAUCUAGGCUGUGCAUUAGCUCUGUCUUUAUUUUUCACAAUAGCUAAGGAACAGAAAAUUUCAAACUAAUAAUUUGGUGUUCACUGUGCUACUGAUUCAGUUACAGUAAUUUCAAAUUCAAAAAGUUUAUCACAUUGAGUUAGUAAAUUAUGAUUCAUGUCACUUCAGGGACAAAGAGGGUGCUUUCUCUAGUUUCUACGGAGGGAGGAGUCAAACAGAGAGAGAGCGAGACAGAGACAGAGAGCAUGCUUUUCAAGGGGCAGAGCUUUACAAAUGUGUGCUCACAAUGCAGAUGUCUAAAGCUUCCAAGCGUGUUUUUUCUUUUAAUGAAACGGGACAAUGGAAUGAAGAAAUCUUCUGAGUUUACUCAGUACUAAUCCAGAUAUCUGGGAAGAAACUUAAGAAUUUCUUUUUCUAUGACUAAUUAAGCCACAGAGCCUAACAAGACUGCAACAGCUAAAACGCACUUUCAAAAGCAAAGUUUCUUCUUCUCCUUCAGUGUGGCUUUUUCUGAAAUUGAAAACCGAACUGUAAGAUCUGGGAAAAAUGAAUCUAUAAGAAAAGCAACAUACUUGUUUCAAAGGAGGAAAAAGAUAAGCCAAAAACUGGCAUGCUGUAGACAUUUCCCUUCAGGUUGGUGCUUCUAUUGACCUCUGUGACACCACCAGGCAGCAGUGGGAAAGUCAACUGUUAUUAUCUGUGGGAGCAUGAAUAUUUCCAACAAUACUAAUUCCAGUGAUGGAGACUCCUCACUUGUUGUUCCACUGGUUAUGUUCUUGGCAGGAGUAAUUGGGAACUCUAUAGCCAUUGUUGUGCUCUGCAAGUCCAAAAAAGAGCGAAAAGAGUCUGCAUUUUAUACAUUGAUUUGUGGGUUAGCAGUCACUGAUCUCCUUGGAACAUGUAUGGCCAGUCCAGUAGUGCUUGUCAAUUAUCUUAGCGAUAACAUUUUCGAAUCGGGUCUUUGUCAGUUCCAUUCCUUCAUAUUGCUUUUCUUUGGUGUUGCAGGACUUUGUAUCAUCUGUGCUAUGUCUGUGGAGAGGUACCUGUCCAUCAGCCAGCCGUACUUGUACCAGAAAUAUAUAAGCCGUAAGGUGGCAGGGUGGACACUAUUUUCAAUCUACAUUGGAAGUGUACUGCUAUGUGCCUUGCCGUCCAUGGGCAUGAGCAAAAGUGUGAUACAAUUACCCAAAACCUGGUGUUUCAUUGACUGGAAAUCAAAUGAAACUUUACAUGCAGCAUAUUCUUUCCUGUAUGCAGGGAUCAGCUCUGUCUUGAUUAUGGGGACUGUUGUGUGCAACAUAAUGGUGUGUGCUACACUGGCAUUCAUGUAUAGGGGUUCAAGAAGCCGUCUGAUAUAUACGGCCAGCAGGGAUCGAUUUACAGCCUUGGCAUCCAAUAUUACCCAGGUGGAAAUACAGAUGAUUUUACUUCUUAUUGUGACAUCUGUGGUGGUCCUGAUCUGUUCCAUACCUCUCGUGUUCAGAAUAUUUGCUAAUCAGCUAAACAGUGAAUCUGCAACAAACUCAACCGACAAUCAGGAUCUAAAGGCAAUACGCAUCGCAUCCUUCAAUCCUAUUCUUGACCCCUGGGUUUAUAUCCUGCUCCGUAAAUCUGUCUUUACCAAGCUCAUUAAAAUUUUCAAGAGAAUAUUUUCAUGUGCUUUUAUCAGAUGUAACCAUAGUGAGCAGAGUCCUGAUCUUCCAGAAGCCCCAAGCACCAACAACGAAACUGUUUUCUAUCUUAGGUCAAGGCAGAGCUGUCUCAUGGUUCUCCUUCCAGAAUCUGCUAUCACAGAACACAAUGGGACAACAAGCUUUAAGCAGCGAACGUUAUCAUUUGAGAAUGAAGCACAUGAGCUAGAUGAAGAAUUUAAGAGUCCAGGAAAAACAGAAGCAAACUGUGAGCUGAAGGCUGUGGAAAUGCCUUGCAGCAGCCCUGUGUGUUCAGUUACAGCCGAUCUAGACUGUGAUGUGGAAAAACAGACAUCAGUCACUACUUCUAUAAGUGGGCAUCAAAGAAAAACAGAGGAUGGCUAUAAACUCCGAUAAUGUUGGGAAGGAAUACUAGCUUAAGAUAUAUUUUAUGCAAGAAUGUGAAAUGAAAAAUGUCAGUGAUGGUGAGGGGCAUAGAGCAUUUUAUGCCUUUGCCUCACAACAUCAGUUUAUGCCUGAGCCAGGAUUUACUGUAAUAAUGUGGGUUUCUCUCACACAGCACUGUUUACACAUUGCACUAUUAACUUUAACAAGGAUGACUUUGUUUGGCUCAGCAGUUUAUUUCCUCUACCUUUGUACAAGAAGGUGGAAGAUUGUAGCCCUAAAUGCAGAACUCAGGCAAAUCUGCACUUCCCAAAUAGUCAUGUAAUACUGUGCUAAGCAGAACAAUUAUGUUGUAUCCUGGUGGCUGUCUAGAUGGAAGAAAAGAAGCCAAAACAUGGAUAAUAGAAGUUGAUUAUUUUUUCACUGGUGUUCUUGUUUAACAUUAUACUGCGGUGGUGCGGUAGCAUUGUCGCCUCACAGUUAGACGUUGCACAUUCGAUUCUCAGAGCAUCUUCUGUGUGUUGACAUGCGUGAAUGGGUGUUCCUUCGUUGAAGGUUGUGCGUUAGGCCCGGCAAGCCAGCACAUAAAAAUCUACCGCCAAUCAUUAGCGGACUGGAGUUCCGCUGUGGCGACCCCUAACCGGGAAAAGCUGAAAGAAAGACAGACAGAGUUCUUGUUUAACAUUAUUUUGCACAGUACAAGCAGUUUCAUGUAACGUACAUCACAGCAUAUGCCUGGAGAUAAGCUAACUUAAAUUGAUAAGUCCUAAAUCCAGCUCUUUUUAAUGGAAAAUAUUAGUAAAAUAUGACAGCAGGCCAUGUGCCCACACUGAUUCCUAGAGGAAAAUCUGCCAUCUUUUUGCUUUAGAGCACUUGUGUACAUCUUUCCUCCACACUGACCUUAAAACGUAUUUUCAGUGAAAAAAAGCAAUGCUAUUGCAGCAUGGGGAAUGCAGGGUUCAGAAGUCAAAAUCUGUUAACCAACCUUGAAUUGCUAGAGGCAGAAGUUCUGUCAAAACAUUGGUACAAUAAUUUACACCCUAUGUUUAAUUAACAUGUUGGUGCUGCGGUAGCAUUGUCGCCUCAUAGCAAGACGUUUUCCCGUUCGAUUCUCAGCUAGAGCGUCUUCUGUGUGGAGGCAUACGUGAAUGGGGCAUGC